UGAUGGAGUCACAUGCUUUCCAGGAAGCUGGGAUGUGUUUACCUAUGUGUCAUCAUCCAUACACUGCGACACCGAGCAUCCCUUAUGUGUGAUGAAGUAAUCCAACAUGAAGCCAGUCACCGCUCGCUCUCUGUGCCGAUAAUGUCUCCCAUCUGCCCCCGCGUGAUCGUGUGAGCUUCUCCAUGGCAUCUUCAAGUUACACCUGCAUCCAAGACAGCGCCACAGAGAAGGACAAGCUCCUCUCCUCCGUGGCCAGCUAUGGGUCCCGGGAUCUUCUCAGGGCUGGCAGCCCCCGUCCCACCACUCUGGUGGGCUCCGAGCCCAACCAAAAGCAGGAGGAAGAGGAGGAGGAGGAGGCUCUGAGGAGGAAGCUCAAGUACUUUUUCAUGAGCCCUUGUGACAAGUAUCACGCCAAGGGCCGCAAGCCUUUUAAACUGGGCCUGCAGCUGCUCAAAAUCAUCAUUGUGACUGUGCAGUUGGUGCUGUUUGGACUGAGCAACCAGAUGGUGGUGACAUUUAAAGAGGAAAACACAGCUGCAUUCAAACACCUUUUCCUGAAGGGUUAUCAGGACAACGCUCCUCAGGCCGUCCACACUCAGAAGGAACUGUACAGCCACAUCUACUUCGCCAUAGAGCAGUACAUGGCUCUACCUCAGAUCUCACUGGGGCGGUAUGCGUAUGUGUUGGGCGUCGGUGUAAACGGAAGUGCGCUCUCCCUCUGCCAGAGGUACUACAGGAAGGGCACCAUCGACCCCGUCAACGACACCUUUGACAUUGAUCCCCAUAUUGUUGCUGAUUGCAUUGGACUGAAUCCACCGACUUACAGUUCUGCUCCAGGAAACAGUGACUACAAGAAUUUCACUCUCGAGUUUCAUAAGCUCAUCAAUGUAACAGUUGACUUCCAGCUGAAGGCGAUCAACAUUCAGACCAUUAUAAACAAUGAAAUCCCUGACUGCUACACCUUUGCUAUCACUAUCGUCAUGGAUAACAAGGCGCACAGUGGCAAAGUUAAGAUCAAUUUGCAAAACCAGGCCUCCAUAAAAGAGUGUAAAGACCCCAAUGUGUCUGGACAUGCGGAGAGCUAUGCACGGGAGUUCUUGGAUGUGCUGGUGGCGAUCGUCUGUCUGCUGUCCCUGGUGCUGUGUGGGCGCUCUAUCCUCAGAGGCAUCCUACUGCAGCACGAGUAUGUGCAGUUUUUCAAACACAAACUCGGCCGCGGUGUGAGUUGGGGAGACCGAAUGGAGUUCAUCAACGGUUGGUAUAUUCUGCUCAUUGUCAGCGACAUGUUCACCAUCAUUGGCAGCUUCAUCAAAAUUGGGAUUGAGUCAAAGAAUUUGUCAUCCUAUGACAUGUGCGGGAUCCUGCUGGGAACCUCUACACUGCUGGUGUGGGUGGGAGUCAUCCGCUACCUCAGCUUCUUUCAGAAAUACAAUAUCUUGAUUGUGACUCUAAGAGCUGCUUUUCCGAACGUCAUCCGCUUCUGCUGCUGUGCAGCUGCCAUUUAUAUGGGAUAUUGCUUCUGUGGCUGGAUUGUGCUCGGGCCCUAUCAUACUAAGUUUCGCUCCCUGUCCACGGUCUCAGAGUGCCUGUUCUCUCUGAUCAAUGGAGACGACAUGUUUGUAACGUUUGCUGAGAUGGAGAAAAGUGGCACACUGGUGUGGAUCUUCAGCCAGGUGUACCUUUACACCUUUAUCUCCCUCUUCAUCUACAUGGUUCUGUCCCUCUUCAUCGCACUCAUCACCGGAGCCUACGACUCCAUUAUGGCCCAAACACAGGAGCAGUUACGUGUCACUGAUCUGCACGCCUUCAUUGCACAGUGCAUGGAUACGCCCAGCUCUGGCAAGUUCCGUGGGCCUGAAGGGACGUCAUGCUCCUUCCUCUGCUGCUGUGACUGAGGAGGAAGAGGAAGAGGAGGUGGAAGAGGGGGAGGAAGAAGAGGAUGCACACAGGGAGUAAGCUGUGUCAGUGUGUGAGUGUGUCUCUGUGUGAAAGGGUAAGGGAGUCUUGAUUUUUUUUUCUCUCUUUAAAGCACGAUAUUUCCACUCCAGUGAAAGCCGGCUGCAAUUGCACUCCUUUUUCCAGAUACCCAGCAGGGGCGAUAAAUGCCUCGAGAGUGAACAGACUGACCUUGGACCACGUUGUCCUCUGUAGCCUGUGUUUGAAUUUUGCAUUUAAAUUUGUGCUGGAACGGUAGAAUGCACUCCACAGUCACAAGCCCAAUUACCUGCUUCGGCUUUUGUACUGUAUGAAUAAUUUAUUGUCUCUUUCUGAAAUGUCAGUUUGUUAGGGCUUUGAUGACAAGACGCAUAAUGCCAGGAAACAUAUUCGUUGUUGUAGACUGGACACCGGGUCCACUAUGUAUAAUAGAUUCAAAUUUUCACUUGAAUGAUCCUCUAUGUACAGGGUUUUAUUAUCAUUUUAUCGUCCACGCGGCUACCUAGGUGAUUUUGUGCCUCUUGAUUAUGUAAAUAUGUAUGAAUCAUCAUAUCAGGUAGAAAAGACACAGGAGACAGCUAGGCAAGCUUAAAAAAAAAAGAUCAUUACCUACUGUAUGUAUACAUUAGCUUUUCAGUCAAGGCUGUUUCUCCACUCCUGUUUUCAUUCUCCACUCCUCCCCUUGGUUCAUGUUCUCCUCUGAGAGAGAUGAUGGCUCCAUGAGGAAGGACGAGGCCUGCAGCCAACCAAUUAGUCAUCAAUAUGCAUGAACUGUUUCUGCCGUAAAGACCCAGGUGACUGCGCAGGCUAAUGCACUGCGAGGCAGAGCCUUUUUACUUUUGAUUUAAAGUGCUCCCUGCAAGGCUGCAAAAAAGGUUUGACAAAGAAACAUUGCAAUAAUUAAAUCUUGACGAAACAGACAGAAUUUUUGCAAUGUUGCAUGGGUGUAAAAAAAAAAAAGCAGUCUUGGUGAUUUUUAAACAUCCUGAUCAAAAGAGAAGAUAGGAUCGAACUCAUCUGCUUGGACAUGCACAGGCAGCUGAGUAUCAAGCUGCAAUAGCAGUGGACAAAUUUGGCCAAGAGGUGAAAUAUGAAGUAAGAAAAGCAGAGGGCCCACAACAGAACUCUGAGGUACUCCUUAUUUCACACCAGAAAAUGUUGUUGUAGUAUUGUUAUAAGAAAUACACUGUGUUCUGUCAGAUAGGUCAGACUUUAACCACAGGAGAGCCAAGCCAGAGAUGGAGGAUCAUUUAAAACUUGAGUGACCAGCCCUGAAAGCAGAUUGAAAAAGUUCAAAAACAUUAACUAUUUUGGCCGAGACACAACUCUUUCUUUUAUUUUUGAAAAGCAUGGAAGGUAGAUAAUUACUCAGAAUAUGUGUGUAACUCAACGACAAGAAGAAAAGGUCCAGUUUUUUUUUACUUUUGGGUUUCAAUCUCCUGCUGGCUCGCUUAAGAGAACCUCUUUGACUUUCUUGUUUUGGUAAAAGAGGUGCAACUGAAUCCAGGAGACUAGAGAGGGCUUUUUUUAAGUCACUGGUACAAUUUUAACAAUACCUGUCGCUGCAGUGAAAAGGGCCGGGACCACAAGCAAUCACUAAAGUUGAAGGACCAGUGUGGCCUGUGGUAAAUACAUCAGCAACAACAACAACAACAAAGGACAAGCUAGCGUUUCCAAAGAUGUUGGGAAUAUCAAAAUUAAUUUUUCAAUUCCAGGAAACAGGAAAACGUGGGUAAAUAGCUGUUAUCUAUAGCUAUCUCACCAGCUAGCCUUAACUAGCUGUCCCUGCAGUUUGGUUUUUAUCACUUUGUUUGUAGUUUUUGUGGAUUUUCCAUCCUGUUUUUUUUCCUCACAGAAAAUUACGCAUUUCUAGGAUGUAAUCAUUUUUAUGGUAAGAUGUCAAAAAGUCAGAUGCCGGUCUUAAGUCAAUUUUGAUUAAACAUGUAGUUACUGUGUUUUGGCUUUGUACUGUAAGGUAGUAUGUAGGCAGCUUAGAGAGUUGUGUCUGUAUUUUAUAUAACGUGUCAGACUCAGACACUGUCAGUGCACUGACAUUGAAACCAUGUUUCAAAGGGAAAUGGCUCUUUUUUUUUUUUUUUUUAUCUGUGAACAAGCUAGGGGAUCUCUACAAACCAGCACUUCUUAAAUUACUCUUUGUAAAGAAAAAUUUACAUUUGGAAUAUCACUAUUGCUAUAGAAACUUACUGAAGUGGUAAUGUCAUUCCAUUAUGCUGCGUGGAGGCAUUUGAAGGUCACUGUUUAAUGGAAGAGAAUGUUCACUGCACAAAAUAUGUAUCAAGAUUAAAGGGUACUUUUUUUUAUUGCUCACUGACAUGCUAACUUAAAUUAAUCAAUAUUGUUUACGGUCACAACCACAUGUGUUUUCUUUAAUGAAUGUUUUUUUACACUUACUGAUUUGCACUUAAUGAAGACUUACUGUAUGUACAGUUUCAAUUUAUUUAAAUGUGUCACAUGGGAGCCAUAUAGCACAAUGGAGCAAAGCACUGUGUAUGUAAUGCAUCUGUUAGUGUUCUCCUGACACUUAUGGGAAGGUUAUUUAAUACCACUUUGAUUUAAUGGUAACAGUGUUAUUGCUCUUUACAUUUGUUUCCUUAUAUUUUGCAUGCUGUCUUAAUUAUUUUACCUCAUUCUGAGAAGAAGCAAGUAAUGGCUAAAAUGGAGUUUCUCAGUGUCUGUAUAGGAGGAACUUUACAGGUUUUUAACCUCAUUUGUAUUGAAUCUUUUCUGUGAAGAUGCCGCCUAAAUGAAAGUAAAUGUCUGCAUAAUAAACUGCAAAGACUCAAAGAAA